AUGUGGCUGUCCUUUGCGGUCAUUCUGGCUGUGAUUCCGCUGUGCGUAACAUUACAAGACGUCGAUUUGGAUCGAAAUAUCAAUGAUAUUAUCGACACCGAGCAUGGCGUGGAGAAAUGGCAUAAACCGAUCAAGCCGCUAAAAUUCACGAUCAUUCGCGAGCCCGUGGAUCGAUUCGUGUCGGUGUAUCAGCACUUUUGCUUACGUCUCGACCAGUGUGGUGACGUCGGAAUUCAUCGAUUCGCGCAAGAUCUUUAUGAUAGCCUUCAUGGAAACACUAAUUACAUCCGGGAACGACAGAUCCAUGGUCAUACGGUACCACAGAGCAACUACUGCAACAUGCGUGAUCGUGUCCAGGAUAUGAUGCUUAUCCGCUAUACAGACAACAAGCCACUUUUCAAGAGACGUCUGAUGAGCGUGCUGAAGAAAGCGAGGGUUCCGAAGGAGAGCAUGAAGAAGGCACUACGCCACAUUGCCCUUGCCACCACGGCUCACGCGGCUGAUGAUGGCGAUACCAAAGAUCUGCACCGUGCCCUGCGGAAUGCCCCUGAGACUUUGAAAAUCAUUCGGGCAAUCUACCGAAAAGACUAUGAGAUUUUCCGAUUUCAU